CGUAAAUAUCACCGGCAGAUCUGGGUCAGCCAACGUGCCGUACUGGAUACACGUCAAAAGGAAGCAUAACAAUAAGCUACCAGCCAAGCAGCUUGACCAAGAGCCAAUAGUUACUCCCGCUAGGUAAUCGAUGGCACCACCAACACGAGGAUCUGCAUGGUUCCCGCGAGGCAUGUGUGUUGGCGCAAGGCUGAAAAAGCCAAGCAUGCCACUGCUUUACUGUUGCCUGGAGAAUUCGACUGCAGCAGCUGCUGCUGUGCUAACCAUAUCAUGUCCUUCCAUGCACGAAAUUAAUUUGCCUUGAAGACGUCACGGAAAUGGGGACAUAAGAUGGCUCUUGUUUGGGUGAAGCGAUGGGCAAGUGGAUUUUGAUCGGGAUUCAUUCACAAACAACGUGCAUGUCUUCUCGCCUAUAAACAGGCGACAACUAGCUGCGCAGGCUACUCUCAGUCCCACUAUAUUCUCAUCACCUGGUAAAGGUAUAUACGCGUUCCUUUCUUAAGCAGGAAUGAGUGCAGAGAAAGGGUUGCGAUAAAAUAACAACCAAUAACAACAGAGACACAUUGAGUAGCCAAUGAGAACUGAUUAUUGGAAAAAUCAAACAUGAGGAAUGGAAGAGAGAAAAUUGCGGCUGCUUGACAAGAGUGAUGGAUGUAGCUAAAGUAUGAAAUUGAUGGGGUUGUCCAAUGCAGGGAUUCAGGGCCGACGGAUGUUUGUUGUUUCAAGAUGUUCCGAUCAC